AAUAUGGCGAUUUUAACAGUUAAUGUCGGUAUUUAAAAAAAAAACGUAUUUCAAGUUUGUAAAAUAGAGUUGUUACUGUGGGAAGGAAUGAAAUUUAUUUUUUGAUACAAAAACUAAAGUAAGGCAACAGUAAUACAAUUUCGUAUACGAAGUUCUUUGUACUUCGAAGUUUCCCUACAAAUUCAAUCUUUUAGAAUUCUUAAAUUUAGAAACAAGAACACAAUUUCACUUUAUUUAAUGUAUAAGGAUUUAUUUGAUAUUCGCAGUAAUGAAAAAAUUGGGAGGUAUGCUGUUGCGAAACGAGAUUUAAAAGCAGGAGAUGUAAUAUUUACUGAAAAACCUUUCGCUUAUGGACCCAAAGCAGAUAGUCCCUGUAUCUGUUUGGGCUGUUACACACCCACUGACGGAACGAAUUUGUGCUCGAAAUGCUUUUGGCCCGUAUGUUCGACCGAAUGUGAAAAUAAAAAUGCUCACAAAGAUUUCGAAUGUGAAGUGUUCACAAAAGCGGGAGUGAAAUUCCAAGCGGUCAGCGAUCCGUCCGAAACGUGUUUGCAGUAUGAAUGUAUAACACCUCUAAGAGUUCUGUUGGCAAAAGAAAAAGAUCCCGAGCGAUGGGAAGAAGAGAUCCAGCAUAUGGAAGCCCAUCCGGAAAUUCGGAAACAACAACCUACUUGGGAAUUCAACCAGCACAAUAUAGUCGAAUAUUUACGUUCGCUUUGUAAAUUGAGCAGAUUUUCUGAGGAUUUGAUACAUCAAGUGUGCGGGAUUUUAGAUAUCAAUGCAUUUGAGGCAAGAACACCCGAAGGGUACUCUAUAAGAUGUUUGUACCCUAAAAUGGCCAUAAUGUCUCAUAAUUGUAUAUCAAAUAUCCACCACGCUAUUGAUUGUAGAGCCACCGGAGAUUCUGAUGAUUUUAUAGCGACCGUAAGGGCGGCAGUAGACGUACCUGCAGAAGGAGAACUGCACAGUAGUUACACGUACUCUUUAUGGCCGACAUUGGUGCGUAGAGAAUUUUUGAAAGAAAGUAAAUUUUUCGAUUGUACAUGUCAAAGAUGUUCAGAUAAAACCGAAUUGGAAACGCACUCCAGUUCACUCAAAUGUCAGAAAUGCGAUAAUGGUAUCAUUAUGUCGAAUAAUCCGUUAGAUAAUCAGUGCGGAUGGAGUUGUACACAUUGCGAUUUUAAAACAAAUGCAGUGGCUGUUCGUAAAAUUUUUUCAAUUAUACAAGCAGAUUUGGAUAAUGUCGAAUACCUGUUCGGUCCUGAAGGUAUACAAGAAAGAGAAACUUUAUAUAAGAAAUAUAAAUCGGUGUUACAUCCAAAAAACGCUUAUAUGACUAUCCUGAGAAGCGGAUUAAUCCAGUUGUAUGGAAAAGCAGAGGGGUACACAUUAGAAGAUUUGCCCGAUGUAAUUUUAGAAAGAAAAGUUGAACUCUGUUAUCAAUUACUAGAAGUUCUCGAUGUUAUAGAACCAGGAAAUUCUCGAAUAAGAGGUAUUACAUUGUACGAGUUACACGGUCCACUCAUGGUUUUAGCUAGACAUCGAUAUCAAAACGACGUGAUCACCAAGGAAAAAUUCAAACAAGAGUUGAGGAAAACCGUGGAUUUAUUGGGAGAAUCAGUUCGGAUUUUGAAGCAGGAACCUGCCAGUUUACCCGAAGGACAACUUGCAGUUGUGGCCGCACAAGGAUAUCAACAGUUGAAUGAAAACUUUGAUAUUUUGGUAGAAACUGCUUAAUUUGUAAUAUUUUAUGAUAUAUUUUGAUUAUAAAACUUCUGGUAACA